AUGGCUGUCGACGAAGGUGGGGCAGGUCCCUCAGAACGUCCUGGUCGGCGUCAGGAGACGGAGGUUGGCGCGUUUAAGGACCCGGCGCAAGGGGAUUCAGAGCCUACCUGUCGACGUCCGCAAGUCACUCGCGAAGGCACACAGAGAGCACAUCCGCUCGUGAUGGCUCCGCUGUGCGACUACUACAGUACCGGGCAGGUGUUUAUUGAGCCAGCGCCGCUGGCACUGCCGAUGGCCGCGGCAAUUCUGGACUUUCAUCAGUGGCGAGGCGCGUGCUCUCCGAAUUUAGUAGCGACGCUAUGA